AACGCGCGUUCGACACAGACGCGUCUGUGAUUUUUGCGCGGGAAUAACAAAUUUAUUAUCUGUAUUCGGAAAACUUUUUUCUUUUUUGAUUGUUAAUUUUUUUAUUGUUGUAAUUUUUUUUUAUUUCAAUGUGAAAAAAUGUUACUCCUUGCGGCCUUGUUUUUAUUGUUUUCACCGUCUUAUGGGUACAUUUACGAAGAAGAAUGUUUAAAUUACACCAUAUACCCCGCGCAAUAUGAACUAACGAUCAUCCCCCACGUAUUUAAAGACGGAACUUCGUAUUUUGACUGUGAAUUAUUCAUUACGGUCAUUGUGAACGCGCCAAAUAUAAAUGUCAUUGAAUUGGACGCGAAAGAUAUAGAAAUUAAAAGUGGUUCAAUAAAAGUGAUGAACGGUGUGAAUGAUUUGGUAAAUCAUUAUCGACCUUACGAAUUUGAUAAUAAGAAGGGAAAAUUGUACAUAUAUUUAAAGGAGCCGCUGCAGCAGUAUAGCGUUUCAAGAACUCAGUAUGUGAUUCGAGUUUCUUAUGUUAAAUAUGUGAACUCUGACAGUGAUGGAAUAUUCAUCGUUCCCUAUGAGGGUAAUGACGGAAAACAGACGUACAUGUACACGACUCGUCUAUCUCCCAACAAGGCGAAGUAUUUCUUCCCCUGUUUCGAUAAUCCACAAUUCGAGGCUGUAUUCAAGUUUAGAGUGUAUGUGGCGCCUCCACGGCCGGGUAUACAGUUCUGUAACACUACGCUUGUGGUCGCUGAUGAGUUGAAGAGGCAGAAUUUCAAAGACGACAGCUACGGUAUUAUCGAGUACAUGCCUUCCCCCCAAAUCGGAGUACACCAAGCUGGUUUCCAUCACUCUGAAUUUGGGAGUCGAGAGAUCAGAGUAAAAAACGAUACCUUGGUUAUAUGGGCUCCAGUAUCCACAUUACCAUAUUAUACAUUUGUUAUGCAAUUCUGUGAGUCGAUACUGAGCAUGAUCCACCGGUAUUCGAUGAUUAAUAGGCCUCUUGUGGUUGGACCUAUAAAUAUAGUAGCCGUGCCGAAGAUUCUUAAUGGAUUUGAGAGUGCAAGCUGGAAGUUAUUGACUAAUAGUGAAACAAGACUGGCCACUGUAAACGAUCAUACAAGUAUCAAACAAAUGGAAAGAACAAUGUUUGAGCUUGCUCAACAGCUGAGUAGAAUUUGGCUCGGUAACCCGGGGGAAGUUAAACGCACGAGAUGGAUUGAAGAAUGGUUUAAAGAAGGUGUUGCUACCUAUUUUGCUUACUAUUAUUUGACACAGUACAAUCACGGCGAACAGAAGAUAAACAGAAUACCACUAUCAACAUACGCCUUGCAAAUGAAACACAAAGCGAUGGCCAUGGAUUGGCACCAUUCUACACCAGCUCUUGUAACGUUCAACAGAUCUUUAGAAAUCGAAAUACCACCCCGAUAUAAAGGAUUGGUGGCCAUGAAAACGGCGUCCAUUUUGUGGAUGGUGGAAAACUGGUUGGGCUCGGAGAAGUUCCAUCAAGCUCUCGUGAAAUAUAUUAAUAGCAGAAAAGGCAGUUAUGUAUCUCUCGGCGAUUUUAUGGCUAGCCUGGACCAUGAUACAGUAGAAUGCUUACACCAAUUCUUCAAUGGUUCCACUGCAUCUAGAGUGCUCAGUUCUUGGUUCAACCAACCUGGUUAUCCAGUUGUUAGUGUUAAUGUUCUGAGAGAUAGGACACCUAAUGCGAUACAGUUAAAACAGCGUAAAUUCAGUUUCGACCAGCACAACCGUUACGACUCAAACUAUCUCAUACCAAUAUCGUACAUAGUUCAAAGGAAUGAGAAUUGCUUCAACUGCCUUCAGCCAAGGUUCACUAUUGGCCAGACGUAUACGUUUGGGGAAAAUUUGAAUGGAGGCUGGAUUAUAUUGAAUAGAAAUGCUUCUGGUUACUACAGAGUUAAUUAUGACGACGAAACAUGGAGAUUAAUAGCAAAGACUCUAAAAGAGAAUCGAUUGGCAAUCAGCGAGUUGAAUAGAGCUCAAAUAGUCAACGACAUAUUAGCGCUAUACGCAGCUGGAGAUAUAAAAUAUGAUAUAGCUAUAGAAGUUCUAGAUUAUCUGAAUACAGAGUUAAGUCCAAUGGUGUGGGAGGCGGCGGUCAGUGGGUUCGAUCUCUUGAGAACUGAGGGGGCACAUAUGACGAAGAUCUUGUAUGAUGAAUGGCAGGAAUUCAUGCGAAGAAAAGUAUCAACCAUCUACAAGAGGCUUAUGGACGAUAUAGAGCAGAGGCCUAAGAUAAGGCUUUUUAGAAGCAACAUUAUAGAAUUUGCGUGUUCUAUCAAACACAAACCGUGUUUAGACGAUAUGUGGAGAUUGUACACUGACCAUAGGAAUGGCAGAGUAAGAUUAAGUCCAGAUCUUCGUGAAGCAUGCUACUACGUAAUUUUAAACAGUGAAAAUGGGAAUUUAGAUAUGAAAAAUAUGAACAGAUAUGAAAUGGAAGAUAAAUCCAACGCAGAACAUAAAAUGCGGGAAGAGAGAAGAUUUUUCUACCGUGUACCGAUGGGCCAUCCGAAACCAUUACCGAUAAUCAUGUCAACUACAACCACUACAGAGGCAACAACUGUAACAAUGACACCUGAAUGCGACGGUUCUGUUAUAAACGUUAUUUCUAUACUAUUAUUAGGUUUUGCCUUAUUACUUAAUUUAACUAUAAGAUAAAUUAUUGAUGUGUAACAGUCUAAUGCGUAAUCAUAUUAUCAUUAUUAUGAAUGUUUUUUUUGAAUAAACAAUUUUAAUGUUUUGCUAAUGUGAUAAUGAUAAUAAUCGGUAUGGAAAAUCGGUAUAAU